CAGAUAUCAACACAACAGCUUUAUAAUUCCAGUUAUUUUCCCACGGUCUCUUUUCACUUCUCUGCUGCUGAAAAACCUAGGGUUAAGACUUCCUUGUUAGGUUUUCAACAGCUUUGUGCGCACAAUGGUUCUUCAAAACGAUAUUGAUUUGCUGAAUCCUCCGGCUGAGUUGGAGAAGAGAAAGCACAAGCUCAAGCGUCUUGUUCAGUCCCCAAAUUCUUUUUUUAUGGAUGUGAAGUGCCAAGGCUGCUUCAACAUAACAACUGUGUUUAGUCACUCUCAGACAGUUGUGGUAUGUGGUAACUGUCAGACUGUGUUGUGCCAACCAACCGGUGGAAGAGCUAGGUUAACUGAAGGGUGCUCAUUUAGGAAGAAGGGAGAUUGAAUAGUGUAGUAAUCAAACUUUUCUUUAUCAUGGUUAAGACUGGUGAAGGGUGCUCAUUUAGGAAGAAGGAAGAUUGAAUGGUGCAGUAAUCAAACUUUGGGUAGGGAUUUUAUAUGAAAUCAAAUUGAGUUAUGCUGUGGUAAUUUUUUUUUGUUAGAUUGUAAGUCGUUUAUAAGACAUAGAUAUUUCUUGCUGAAUAUGAUUUAAUUGGGAUAUUGGACUUUGCACUGAAUAGCAUGUAUAUAUCUUAUGUGGUUGUACUUUUAAGUCGGUCAAAAACAUGAUUGCUUGGUUGUUUU